AUGGAAACUUCACAAUUAAAAGUACUAUCUACGUUGCACAAUGUUGAACAUGACAAAAGUGAAAGUGAAAAAUCAGUAGAACAGUCUAAAGAAGAUACACAAGUUAACACGAAGUAUACUGAAAAUGAGUUUGAUGAAGAAUGUUUUUUAGAUAUGGAUCAAGAAGAAGAAGAAAAAUGUCAAGAAGACUAUAAUGUAGAGGGUGGUCUACAGGAGGACUAUAAAAAACUGAGUUCUUCAAAUACAUUCUUCAAUACGGAUGCACACAAAGACAAUCAGCAGCUAGAAAAUUUGGAAAAAGAGCUGGAUGACAGCAAAGAGAAUUUCGAUGAAGAAUUGUUUCACAGUUUUUCAAGUUCCUUCACUGAGAAAGAUGAAAAUAAAGACAAUCGCGCUCAGCUGAGAGAUAGCCUGGUGAUAAUCCACAGCAAAGAACAACAAACAGAUCAUUAUUUUAAUGAAAAGUGCUUAACUGAAAAUUUGAGUCCAGUUACAGUGAACGACACUAUUGGUUUUAGUCACAAAAAACCAACUUUUAUUAAUAGCCAGGGUAUCACUGGCUUUCAAGAAUACGAAAUAACCGACGAUGAGUCGAAAGAUGGGCAAGAAAGUGUGUCCCAGUUUGUUGAAGAAAUGAUGUCAAAAACUGGAGUAGCACAGAAAUAUGAUCUUGUCCUGAGUUUUUUAAAUUCUCAUACUUUUGGUGAAAGAACGAAACAAGCCGAAAACUUGCAAUCGAGAUCAAGCAUAGAAGAAUCCAGUCAGCACCAAAGCAUUAAAGAAGAAUAUGCAAACCCAUUGAAAAAUUAUUUAUAUAAAUUCGUAUCGGAGGAACUGGAGAUGUUACCCGAAUCUAAUGUAAGUGGAACACAUCAGGCCAUUUUGGAACCACCGAAAAAAGCGUCUCCUCGACCUCCAAUUAGAAGCAUCUCUACUAGCUUUGAUUCUAAGGCUUGGGAAGAAAAGUCCGAAAUUAUUACAGACCGAAAAAAGCAAUGUACAUCAUUGCCAGAGGAAAUAGAAACAAUAGUGGAACAUGCAAAAAAAACAUCCGUUCCAGUUAAAGUGAACGACAGUAUUGGUUUUAGUCAGACAAAACCAACUUUUAUUAAUAGCCAGGGUAUCGCUGGCUUUCAAGAAUACGAAAUAACCGACGAUGAGUCGAAAGAUGGGCAAGAAAGUGUGUCCCAGUUUAUUGUAGAAAUGAUGCCAGAAACUGGAGUACCACGUAAAGAUGAUCUUGUCCUGAGUUUUUUGAAUUCUAAUACAUCUGGUAAAGGAACGAUACAAGCCGAAAACGUACGAUCGAGAUCAAGGAUAGAAGAAUCCGAACAGCACCAAAGCAUUGAAGAAGAAUAUGCAAACCCAUUACAAAAUUAUUUAUUUAAAUUCGUAUCAGAGGAACUGGAGAUGUUACCCGAAUCUAAUGUAAGUGGAACACAUCAGGCCAUUUUGGAACCACCGAAAAAAGCGUCUCCUCGACCUCCAAUUAGAAGCAUCUCUACUAGCUUUGAUUCUAAGGCUUGGGAACAAAAGUCCGAAAUUAUUACAGACCGAAAAAAACAAUGUAUCCAAUGA